AUGGCAGCCACUUCACAGGAUCCAACUGCUGCUGCAAUCACAAGAAGGCUAGAAGGAAAAGUUGCCCUCAUAACAGGAGGAGCCAGUGGAAUUGGAGAAUGCACUGCAAAAAUCUUCUCCCAACAUGGUGCCAAAGUUGUGAUUGCUGAUGUCCAAGAUGAAUUAGGUCACUCAGUUGUCGAAGCCAUUGGCCCUAACAAUUCCACCUACAUCCACUGCGAUGUUACUAAUGAAGACGAUGUCAAAAAUGCCGUGGACAAAGCAGUUUCAAUCUAUGGAAAACUGGACAUUAUGUUCAACAAUGCAGGAAUUGCCGAUCCCAACAAGCCCCGUAUAAUAGAUAAUGAAAAAGCAGACUUUGAACGCGUUCUCAGUGUAAAUGUCACCGGAGUUUUCCUAUGCAUGAAGCACGCAGCACGAGUUAUGGUGCCAGCACGUAGUGGCAGCAUAAUUUCCACUGCCAGUGUAAGCUCAACUAUUGGUAGUGCUGCUUCACAUGCUUAUUGUUGUUCAAAGCAUGCUGUAUCAGGCCUUACUAAGAAUCUGGCAGUCGAGCUUGGACAAUUUGGCAUUAGGGUUAAUUGUUUGUCUCCUUACGCGCUUGCUACGCCUUUGGCCAAGAAAUUUGUAGGGCUUGAAAAGGACGAAGAUAUGGAGAAUGCCAUGAGCCUUAUGGGAAACCUGAAAGGUACAAAUUUGAAGGCUGAGGAUGUUGCCAAUGCAGCUCUUUAUCUGGCUAGUGAUGAGGCAAAAUAUGUGAGUGGGCAUAAUCUGUUCAUUGAUGGAGGUUUCAGCGUCUACAAUUCUGCAAUUAAAAUGUUCCAAUAUCCAGAUUCUUGA